AAGUAUACAAGCUACAGGAAAAGAGAUUCCACCACAACAUUAGGAAGAACUUUCUGAUGUUGCAGCAACCUUGGUAGAUGGAUGGAGUGCUGUGGAUGUACCAUAUCUUGCUUUCAGUAAGGCCUUUAAAAAGAAAGAUUAUCACACAAGAUGAAAUGAUGGGUGUGUAGGGUUAUGUAUCUGAACAACCAUUCAAACAGUUGAGCAUUUUGCACCAGGGGAUGCUAUAUAAACAAGAUCUGUUUAAAUUAAAGAUAAAACCUCAAUUCACCUAAGACUGGAGUCCCCCUCAGUUAUUGCUGCUAUACACAGGUGCCAAUGGACCUAAGGUUACCCAGCCAUUCACAAAGCUUCUCUGAUUACUCUUUGAUAUGGACUUUAGAGUGAAUAUGCGUUUCCACAAAGCCAGACAGAUUCUUCAGCAUCAAGAGCAGCAUACUUGGGAUUGGCCAUAAGAGCAGACACAAGGAUUGUUUUAAAUAGGACAGCUAGGUGACACAGACAGCCCAAUUUGGUUGGGCAAAGGCAGAGAAUUAAGUGUGUGAUUUCAUGAUAGUUGUGGUAUGUUUUCAAUGAUUACAUCACAUCAAUAAAAGCUCUGAGUAGAGUAAUUGGCUAUUUGACAUUGGUAAAUUCAUUUGGCUGAGAACAAAGAUAUGUCUGAAACUCACAAAAGUAAAGAGGAAUGGCAGCAUGAUUGUCUCUUGGAUUUACAUGCAAAAGAGAACGGACUAAUGAAUGGAAGCAUCAAAGUAGAAGAAUCUCCUUUGAAGACAGAGUACUGUGAAGAUGGGUAUGUCUCGAAAAGAACUUCAUGCCUCAGAAGCAGAACAAGAAACUAUGCAAUAUACAUUCUAAUUUGGUGCAUUGCAGUUGGAAGCGUGAUUCUGAAUCUUAUUUUCUUCACUGCAUUAUCUGUGAGACAAUGUGACAUAUCUCCAACUCCUCUUCCUCUCCUCCCUGGUGAUCCCUGCCCAGAUGGCUGGAUUGGGUUCCAGAGGAAAUGCUACUAUUUUUCAGCAGCUGAGAGAAACUGGACCUCUAGUAGUUUACACUGUUCUUCUCACAAUGCCUCUUUGGCUGUGAUUGACUCUCAAGAAGAGAUGGGUUUCCUUUUACGUCACAAAAGUCCUCCUGACCACUGGAUUGGUCUCCGAAGAGAUAAUCCAUUGCAGCCCUGGAGAUGGAUUAAUGGUACCAUUUCCCAUGAAUGGUUUACGAUUUAUGGAGGGGGAAGGUGUGCCUAUAUGAAUCAUGAAGUUAUUGCCAGUUCCAGCUGCACAAGAGAAGAACACUGGAUCUGCAGCAAACCAGCUGAGAGAUGGCAUCCUGUCACUUCUAUGAGUCCUUCCUCAGACUGCCAAGUGCAUGAAUUAAACUACUAAGAUACUCAUAAUGUAUUGGGUUUUGGCUCCUUCAGCAUGCAGAAUCUUGGCAGUGUUUGCAUUUUGCUUCGGAGAAAGGAACUUGAAGCUUAGGAUGAAGCAGUUUUGUGAAUAUUGGCUGACACAAGGCAUAGUGGUGUCCCAUAAUACCACUGAACUGUAACAUUGUUUUGCAUCAGUAGUGUUAGUGUUCUGUGUAACAUGCACACUUUUUUUGUGCUUGUGUAGCUCCUUUUUCUACAUGGUCUCUGACUCCUGUCUAUGGGUCUAGCAUCUCCAUUGAACUAUAUGUGGAUCAUUCUGCAGAGUAAUAGAAUGCUGAAGGAAAUGAAGCUACUUUCCUUAUAUCCUUUGAUCUAUUCCAUGAGUAGCAUUGGAAUAUUCUCCUAUUGAGUGACUUUCUUGACUGUGAAACUGAGUGUGUUUUGUUUUGUUUUUUAUUAAAAAUUCCCUAUGGUUCUUUUUACUUGAAUAUGUCUGGGCAGCUCAGUACUUCUGAGUGUUUACUUAAUGGUGUUUAACGUUUCCCUUAUGAUCCGUGGAAGAAAAGAAAUUUUGUAUGAAGGGAAGAAUAAAUAACGGUGGUGGUUAAAAAACUAUUGUACCAACAUGGAAAAAUAAAGUAUAAAGUUCUCUGAAGAUGCCAGCCACAGAUGCUGGCAAAAUGUCAGAAAGAAACUCUGCUAGAACAUGGCCACAUAGCCCGAAAACCCCACAAAAAACUAUGGAUGCUGGCCAUGAAAGCCUUCGACUUUACAUUAUAAAAGUAUAAAGUACACAUGGAAAGUAAAAGUAAAAAAUAAACAUGGAAAAGUAAAAGUAAAAAGAUCUGGGGAGAGGGGAAGGGUCAGAGAGAUAAGAGGUUUUAUAAGUUAUGAGUAAGUUGUAUAGAUGUAUUAUAUUUGUGUUACGGUUAAUAAUUAAAAAAGAGCGUGCAUGUGUGGCUUGCCCAAGGUCACUACCCACAGGGUUUCCAUGGCCCAGUGAGGAUUUGAAAUGGUCUCCUGCAGCCCUAGUCCAAACACUACACUGCACUGACUUAUUCUAACCUCCUUCCGGUAUAAAUUCAGAAAUGGAUUGAAUACAGAAAUCCCAUACUCCACGUAUAAGCUUCCUUGAAGUUUUAAUUUUUUUUAAUUUUAAAAAAAUUGCAAGAAGAAAAAACUGGGUCUUCUCUCUUUGCCUGUACCACUAGUUUUUAAAAAAUAUAUGUUGGGUGCCUUCAAGUCAUUUCCAACUUAGGGCAACCCUAUCAAGGGGUUAUCAAGGGAGAAACUUAUUCAUUCCAUGAUUCACUUUAUAUAUGUGUGUGUGUGUGUGUGUGUGUGUGUGUGUAAUAUAUAGUGAUUCAUGGAAUGAAUAAGUUCUGGUGACCUUAAAAAAUACACUCCCAAAGGAAGUGAGAGGGACUUGUGUGUGUGUGUGUGAAUCAUGGAAGGGAGAUGGGGAACAGGUGUGGGGGCCAAAGAGGAGAGAAUGACGGAGGGGGAGGGGGACUUUCUUCUCCUGCAAGAGGAUCGUUCCAGCCAUGCCAAGAAAAUGUCCUCAGUCAGGACAUGGGUCUUUCCUGAAGAGGCCUCACCCCUCUUUCCUUUUGGGGGUCCUCAUGCAGAAACCAGAGGACUGGACGUGUGUUAUGUGUCUGUCUCUUGUAGUCACAACUCUUGCUUCCAGCAAGGAAGGGGGUUGAAAUAACUGGUCUCCAAGGUCCUUUAUUAUCAUCAUCAUCAAUCCUCAGGGGAUUGUGUCACAGAAUUCCAUCCUCAGUCCAGAUGUGUUCACAAAGAUAACUGUGUUGUCCUGUUUCAACAGGGGUGUGGGGGGGGGGGGAGCUGGUAGGUGGGAAUGAGGGGCUGUCUCUCUUUUCAAGCAUGACUUUAUCAGUUUCAGUGCUGGGGAUUUCCAAGGCACAUGGUUUAUGAGAAACCAGGGCUUUCCCCUCAUUUGCCUUAAUUGAGGAAGUCAAAGCAGUUGCUGGUUUUUCCUCCCCUCUUUUCAAUCAACACUAGAGAUAGCAGCACCUUUGUAAAGCAGGCACAUCUAGUAAUUGUUAACUGAAAUGAUUGGAGUGGUGAGUGGAGGGAGUAUAGUGAUCAAGGGAGAGAAAGGAAGGAGGGCUUUGCAAGACCUGAGCAGGGCUAUGGAUGAAGGGGGCCACUUGUCCAAAGGAUCGAAACUGCCAUGAGGGCAAAUCACAGAAAAGACGGAGUCCUCUCAUCUUGCUCAUGGAUUGACCGCGAGACAGUGCAUCUGCUGUUGUUCUUAGCAGCCACUCUUACUCCUGCUCUCCACCUUCUCCACUAUCAUUAUUUUUUUCCCAAUGAAUCCUGCCUUCUCAGGAUGUGACCCAAGUAUAACAACCUCAACUUUUAUCAUAUUCUUUGACAGUGGAACACACUCCCUCAGAGUGUGGUGGAGUCUCUCUUCCUGGAAGUCUUUAAAGAGAGGCUGGAUGGUCAUCUGUCAGGUAUGCUUUGAUUGAGAGUUCUUGCAUGGCAGGGGGUUGGACUGGAUGGCCCUUGUGGUCAUCUCUAUGAUUCUAUGCCUCAUUCAUGCCAUUUUUAUGGGAAGGGGCUCUUGUGUGUAUGCAUGUGUGCUCAUGCGUACUCAGUGUUCAAGAUUACAAAGUGGACCAAAAUGGCCAGGACAUUGCAGCAGGUCCAAAUAUAACACCCCCUUUGCACAUGCCAGGGAUGAGCACCAUCUUUGUUCCCAUUAACUGCACUGUUUCUUACUUUCCAGGAAACCCUCCAGGGACCAGGAGCCAAUGCCUCAGAGAUCAGCAUGUGUCAGGGACAAUCACUUUGAGUAGUACUCCCUUAAAAGUCUCAAAGGUGAAACUGUUGUUAUUCAUUCAUUGUUUUUCAAGGUUUGUCCCACAUCAGUCUCGAAAAUUCUGAGUUCCAGUGGUUGUUUUUCUUAUCUCUGAAAACAUGAAAAAUAUCGAGGUUGUUAGUGAUUUUGGACAUCUCAGCGGCUUUUAUGGCUGGCAUCCAGCAUUUUUUUGUGGGAUUUUCGAGCUAUGUGGCUGUGUUCUGGAAGAAUUUGUCCCUGACGUUUCACCAGAAUCUAUGCUGGCAUCAGAGAUUAUGGGCUUUCAUUAAAGUUAUGACAACACCUAGGGGCUGGAGUAAAUAACAUCCUUUUGUUUCUCAGUUUGUGUGUUAUCAAGGGAACAUAUUUUGCAGAAAUACUGGGUGGGGAGGUUUGAAACCACCACAUUUUUUGGAAAAAUAAAAAAUGAUAUUUUUUUUAUAUAGUUUGGUCAUCUUGUAUUUGUGAAUUUUAACGUGCUUUUUAUUUGCUGUAAGCCACCUUGAAUCUCAAAUGGAAAAAAGUGAAACAUCAAUAAAUAUCAUCAUCACCAUCA